AUGUCCUCCCUCAAGGCGGCACGCGCGGACAACUUCUAUCACCCGCCCGACUGGGACCCGCGCCGCGGCUCGCGCGCGGAGCUCGCCGCGGCCCGGCUCGGCGAGCCCGCCUGGAAGGCGCACCCGUUGCGCGAGCGUGCAAAGAAGCUGGGCGAGGGCAUCCUUGUGGUGCGCUUCGAGAUGCCCUUCGACGUGCGCUGCUCCGGCUGCGGGAAUCGCAUCGCCAAGGGCGUGCGCUUCAACGCCGAGAAGAAGUGCGUGGGCAAGUACCUCUCGACCAAGGUCUGGUCGUUCCGGAUGAUGUGCGCCGCCGAGGACGGCACGUCGCGCACGGACCGCACGCGGAACGCGCACUACAUCGAGGUGCGGACCGACCCCAAGGCGGCGGACUACGUCGUCGCCGAGGGCGCCGUCCGGGUCGGCGACCUCGACAAGCUGCCCGGCGCGAAGGUGCCGUCGGCCGAGGAGCUCGGCGUCGAGGAGCUGGCAGACCCAAAGGACAGGGAGAGGAGGGCGGCGGACCCGUUCUACGGGCUGGAGCACGCGCCGGCCGCCCGCCGCUCCGUAGAGCGAGCGCGUGCCGAGCGGGCUUGGCUCGACGAUUACGGCUCGUCGCAGCUGCUGCGCAGGAAGCACCGCAAGGCAAGGCACUCGAGCUUCGCGCAGGCGGCGGAGGAGGCUGCAAAGGGGAUCCGGCACCCGCUCCUGCCCGAGGCGCCCGAAGACGCCGCCGCCGCCGCCGCCAUCCGCUUCGGCGCGUCCAAAGCGACGCCAUCCCGCGCGUCCAAGCGGCGCCGCUCCGACGCCGUCUGCGGCGAGAGGCGGGUCCGGCUGCUGCACGGCUCCAUCUUCGACGCGCAGCCGGGCGGCGGCGCGGCGCAAGAGAAGGAGGAGGCGCUCCGCGCGCUCCAGCUGCGCCGAGCGAGGGGGAUGGAGAUCUCGACGCGGCCAGCGGAAAGGCACGCACCAACCCGGCCAGCGACAGCCAUCGCCGCCGCCAUCCCGGCGGCCCGUCCCGCCGCUCCCACCGUGGCCGUGCCGCUGGCGCUGCCGGCCCCGGCGGCGCUGGUUACGUACAGCGACAGUGAUGAGGAGGAGGGGUGA